GUCACUUUCUUAUCUUUUAUCUCCUCACUCCACUUCUCUUCGUUUUCUUCUCUCGCGUUGAUUCCUCACACCCAUCACACCCACCUCAUCCAUCACUCACCAUCACCUCCCCUGAUCCACCUACACGUCCUUGAUCUCUUUUUGUCUGUCUCGCUGUCCCACUUCACCAUGGCUGCACCCCUCCCUGCUUCGUCCUCCUUCUCCCACGCUGUUUACAACUCAAAGGUCGUGCCCCUCACCGACCUUCCGGAGACCGGUCAGAUUAUCCUCAGCACCAAGCCCCGUCUGAUCAACCUCACCCACCAGAUCCCCUACGCCUGUACACUACUCGACAGAAAGGACUCCUCCAAUCCGCCUGGGACAAUCACCGGAUCCACCACCACCACAGCAAGCUCAACCGCAGCAUCUUCCUCGAUCCACAGGCGAUCAUCCUGUAUCGCAUCCCACCCACAUGCACUCCCCACACAAGACGCCGCGUCCACCUCUUCUUCUGCCACUGCUGGAUCGUAUCCCGAAUGCGGCUGGACUAUGGAGCAACGGCGGGGCCAUUCUGCACUCUACUCUGGAGUCAAGUCGCUCAAAAGGGAUCUGGAGACCAUCCAGAUUGGCUGGGUUGGUGAGAUCGCUGAUCAGGACGGGUACGUGGUUCCCUCCAAAAACCUAACAGAGUCACACAAGCAAGCCCUGCAGAACGAACUUUGGCACAAGGAAAGGGUUGUACCCAUCUUUAUGGAUGAUAGUCGCGCAGCUGGUCAUUACGAAGGAUACUGCAAGACCGUUCUCUGGCCACUCUUCCAUUACAUUCUCUGGGAUGAGGCCACGGAUGGCCGGAUCGAGGAGAGGAACUGGGACGAUUAUGUGUUUGUGAACCAGCAAUUUGCGAACGCCGUUGUGAAGCAGUAUCAGCCCGGCGAUAUCGUGUGGAUCCACGAUUACCAUCUCUUGUUGGUUCCUCAUAUGGUCCGGCAACAGCUCCCUUCUGCUGCUAUCGGCGUCUUCAUCCACGCGCCCUUCCCUUCAUCCGAGAUCUUUAGAUGUCUACCAAAACGCGUCGAAAUUUUGAACGGACUUUUAGGAGCAAAUCAAAUCGGUUUCCAGACAUAUUCAUAUGCCAGACACUUCAUCAGCAGCUGCACUCGUGUCAAUGGCUACGAAUCAACACCUCGUGGCGUUGAUGCCAUGGGUUCGACCGUGUGGGUCGGAACCUUUCCUAUCGGAAUUGAUGCAGAGAGGGUCGAGCGUCAGCGCAAGGCACCCGAAGUGCUGCCAAAGAUGGAUGCCAUUCGCAAGACCUACAAAGGAAAGCGUAUUAUCGUUGGGCGUGACAAACUGGAUCUCGUUAAAGGCGUUCAACAAAAGCUCCAGGCCUUUGAAAAGUUCCUGAAUGACUAUCCUGAGAUGCAAGGGGAGGUUGUUCUGAUCCAGGUCACAUCGCCACCGCUGGUCGAAAGCCCGAAACUGGAGGCUAAGAUCGCCGAGUUGGUUGCUCAUAUCAACGGCACUUAUGGAUCACUCAAUUUUACACCAGUGCACCACUAUCACCAGCACAUUGAUCGAGAUGAAUACUAUGCGUUACUUUCGGUGGCCGAUAUUGGGCUUAUUACUUCAGUCAGAGACGGUAUGAACACCACCUCGCUCGAAUACAUCAUGUGCCAGUCUGAGAACCACGGGCCCCUUAUUCUGAGUGAGUUCACAGGGACUGCCGGAAGUCUUGGCGGUGCAUUGAUGGUCAACCCAUGGGACUAUCAGGGCGUUGCGCGAGGUAUCUACGAUGCGCUGCACCUCUCUAAGGAGGAUAAGCGUGCUCGUCACAACCAACUCUUGAACCACGUUCUUAGUCAUACAGCUCAAAUUUGGGCGAAAUCCUUUAUCGCAGAACUAACUUUGCACGCGUGCACAUGGGACCAGUCAACUCCGACGCCCUAUCUCGACGUGAGCAUUAUUGUCGACAAGUAUCACCGCGCAAAGAAGCGUCUGCUAAUGUUCGACUACGAUGGUACGUUGACCCCGAUCAGAAAGACCCCGGGCGCAGCUGUCCCUCAGGAGCACAUGUUAAAAGCCUUGGCUGCGCUUGCUGCCGACCCCAAAAACAUUGUCUGGGUCAUAUCGGGUCGGGACCAGAAGGUCCUGGAGGACUGGCUAGGCGGCGUCGAGAACUUGGGGUUCAGUGCUGAGCACGGCUCCUUCAUGCGACAACCUGGCAGCAAGAAGUGGAUCAACUUGACCGAGACUCUCGACAUGAGCUGGAAAACUGAUGUGGCCGAAAUCUUUACCUAUUACACUGAACGCACUCAGGGGUCCUUCAUCGAGCAUAAACGCUCCUCGUUGACGUGGCAUUAUCGCUUGGCGGACCCAGAGUUCGGUGCUUUCCAGGCAAAAGAAUGCCAGAAUCAUCUCGAGAACGCUGUACUUUCCAAGUUACCCGUUGAGAUCUUGGUUGGCAAAAAGAACCUCGAGGUGCGCCCUACUAUUGUCAACAAGGGGGAAAUUGUUAAGCGUCUGUUAAGUCAGCAUACAGAUGUCGAAUUUGUCAUGUGCGCGGGUGAUGAUAAGACGGACGAGGACAUGUUUAGGGCGCUGGCAGGAAGCAACAGCGCGCAUGGCAGCAUCCUUAUCGGUGCUUCAGAGGAUGCCAGCAGUUUACUGGAGCCCUACAGUCCCAAUUUGGUCGCAGAAACCGCAGCCAAGAUUGCAGAGGCGACGCUGACACAUUCUCGAGAGCACUCACCCAACACGAAACAUAGUCGUUUGUCCAUCAACGGUGGCCCUUUAGCCGUCCAGGACGAGUCGAUCUUGAAGUUAUCCGUGAUGGUCUCUGGCGACGAUACUGCGUCAUCUCUAUCGGCCACUUCUUCUUCCACGGCGGCUAUACUGGAUUCCUCUGUGGAAUCGCAUGGGUCAUCCUCACAGGCAGUUGGCAAUGAGCAUUUUUCGGUUACAAUUGGACACGCGCUUAAGAAAACACUUGCCAACUGGCAUGUCACAAGUCCCGAAGAGUUGAUUCGCGUUCUCGGUAUCCUUAGUGGCACUGUCGAUAUCUAGACUUGUUCGGAUCGAUAGAAUUGCGAACGUACUUGUAUUAAAAGAUAUUUUGACUCUGAACAACAAGCCUAACAAGCCUGUUGUGCCUGAAUAUAUCCUUUUCCGGC